AUGAAAUCACUAUGCCUCCUCUCCAGGCGUGUUUACAACACAAAAAAGCUGACAUGUCGAACUUUCAAACGGUCUCUUCUGACUCUGGCGAUCGAAACUUCGUGCGAUGAUACGAGCGUUGCCAUCCUAGAGAAACAUGGAAACCAUUCAGCAACAUUACAUUUCAAUUCCAAAAUCACCUCGGAUAAUCGACCCUAUGGAGGAGUGUGGCCAAUCGCCGCACAUGAGUCUCAUCAGAAACACCUGGCGCAAUUGGUGAACGAAGCUUUGCGAACUUUACCUCGACAACAAUCCACGGUUGCAACGUUCGAGAAUACUAUAGCCGUCGCAUCACAUCAUGGGUCCGAGUUAUACAAGAAACCAGAUUUUAUAACGGUGACACGAGGUCCAGGGAUGCGAGCAAAUCUUAUAACUGGCGUUGAUACUGCAAAAGGGUUGGCCGUGGCAUGGCAAGUGCCUCUACUAGGUGUAAAUCACAUGCAGGCCCAUGCUUUGACACCACGAAUGGUAUCCGCACUCAACAUGGUGAACAAUAUCGCUGGAGAUCAAAAGCACGAGAAUGAUCCUGCUUACCCGUUCCUUUCUUUGCUGGUCUCUGGUGGUCAUACCAUCCUCGUCCAUUCUCGUCAGCUUUGCGACCACGAAAUCUUAGCUACAACCUCGGAUCUUGCAGUUGGAGAUAUGGUUGAUAAAACGGCACGAGACAUUCUACCAGCUUCCGUGAUUGAAUCUGCAUCAGAUGUGAUGUAUGGCCGUGUCAUGGAAGAAUUCGCAUUUCCUGAUGGCAGCCCUGCAUACGAUUAUGAGCCCUCUCUCACGAGCAUUGCGCAACCCCCGCAGGCAACAAGAUAUGGCUGGACAAUAAGACCUCCAUAUUUGAGUCCAGGUCCUGGUGGGUUAAAAUCUUACAAUUCGGCAUUCUCGUAUUCGGGUAUCGGUAGUCAGGUUAAGCGCAUUGUGGAGCAAACCCCGGAAAUGGACAGUGUAGAGAGGAGAUUACUUGCCCAAGAGACUAUGCGAGUAGCAUUUGAACAUCUCGCCUCUAGAGUGAUUCUCGCUCUUGAAACCGCUGACCUGAAGGACAUAAAGGCGCUUGUUGUCUCGGGAGGCGUUGCUGCGAAUCAAUAUCUGAAACAUAUAUUGAGGGCAAUCUUGGAUGUUCGGGGGCACGAGGCUAUGAGAUUGUCGUUUCCUCCUCCAAAGUUCUGUACAGACAAUGCAGCUAUGAUUGCAUGGACAGGUAUUGAGAUGUGGGAAGCCGGUUGGAGAAGUGAGCUCGAUAUACUGGCGGCCAGAAAGUGGGCGAUUGAUCCUAGAACUGAGGGUGGAAUACUUGGUUUAGAUGGCUGGAAGAAGCGAACCACUUAG